AAUAUAUUUAUUUAUUAUGAACGAACCCAUUUUUCAUUACUAUGGUAAUAAAGCAGGUGUUGAAGGAGCAGAUUAAAUUAAAUAGGUCAUAGAUGAUGCCACUAGAGGAUCUGAAUAUUAUAAAAGAUAAUAAGAAAAACGACAACAAGUUCUAUAAAAAGUGAAUAAGAUGUAGAUGGAAUUAGAAAAUUAUAAUAAAAAUGAACAAAAAAAGAAGGAAAUCAAAGAAAUUAUUUAGAAUAAAGUCAAAGAAUUUUAAAUUAACACAGAUAGAAUUUGGGCGCAUUUUGAUAUGGAUAUGUUUUAUGUAGCUUGUGAACUGUUAGACAAGCCAGAACUUAAAGAUAAACCAGUUGCUGUUGGUUAAAGCAUUGUAUCCACUGCAAAUUAUGUUGCAAGAAAAUAUGGUGUUAGAUCUGCUAUGCCAACUUUUGUUGCUAAAAAACUAUGUCCAGAUAUAAUCUUUAUUCCUUGUCAUUUCGAGAAAUAUAAAAGUGUCUCAAAUGUAUAGUUUUAAUUUAUAAAUUACCAUAGAUAUUUAUGACUAUCCUUAAAAAAUAUGAUGAUAAUCUUGAAUCUAUGGGUUUAGAUGAAGCUAAUCUAGAUCUCACAUAAUAUAUAAAUAAUUCAUAAGAAGAUCCAGCUAUUCUUUGUGAAAACAUUAGAAAAGACAUAUUCUUAGCAACUCAGUUAACUGCUAGUUGUGGAAUUGGACCUAAUAAAAUGAUUGCAAAACUUGCCUCGGAAAUUAACAAACCUAAUGGAAUGCAUGUUGUUUAAUAAACUCCUACUGCUGUUCUUAAUUUCUUAGAAAAAUUACCUGUAAGAAAGAUCCCUGGAAUUGGUAAUAUCACUGAAUAAAUUUUAACUGGCUUAAACUUUAAUACUUGUAAAGAUGUUAGAGAUAGAGCUGAUUAACUCUACAUUAUAUUUACUCCUAAAACUUUUGAAUACAUUUUUUAUUCUUGUUGGGGUGUGGCAAGAAACUAUCAUGUAGAAUUUGAAGAUUAACAUAGUAUAAGUUGUCAAAGAACUUUCAGUAGCAUUAGUACUCAAAGAGAAUUUGAAGAUAAAAUUGAUUAUAUUGCUGAUAAACUAGCAGAAGAAAUGUAAUCUGAAGAAAAAGUAGGAAAUCACCUUACUUUGAUCAUCAAAACAGCCAAAUUUGAGAUAAGAAACAAAUCGUUACAACUUAAUUAAUAUACUAAUCAAGCCAAGUAAAUCUCUAUAUAUGGCAAACAACUUCUCAAGAUUAUGUAAUUAGAUGAACCAAUUAGAUUACUUGGAUUAAAAAUGAGUUCUUUGGCAAAUGAAAAAUAAAUUUAAAAAUAAUCAAUCUCUACUUAUUUUAAAAGAUAAUAUGAAAAAUCAGUUGGUUAAGAGAAUAUUGCUUCUGUGAAAGGUUCAAAGUCUCAUCAGAUUUCUGAAGAUAAUGAUAGUAUAAAUAAAGAACGUCUCUAAUAACAAGAAUUAAGUAAACCUGAUAUUAUAAGUGAUGAUGAGGCUAGUAGCAUUAGUAAUUAAAUCUUAUCAGGAGUGAAUAGUAAAAGCCAUUAAUCUUAAGCACAAUAGUAGCAAUAUUUAUAAAAACAGUAAGCUUAACCAAAAUCUUUUCGUUGUCCUAUUUGUAAUAAAGAAAUAGAUUGUAAGGGAAAUAAUACUGUCUUGAAUAAACAUAUAGACAGGUGUAUAACUUAAUAAAAUGUCAUAGUUGAAUAAUCAGAUGAGUCAAAUAGGAAUUUUUCUGAAUAAAAAAAGAAGGUUUCAUCUAAAAUUGAGAGUAAAGCUUAGAAGAGUUUAAACUUUUUUAAGAAAUGA